AAUUUUUUCGUCUACGACAAACUUUAUAUUAUUCUAAACUAUAUAAUAAAAACAAAAAAAUUUAAAAAAUUAUGAUGGUAUCUUUUAAGCUAACCUUGCGUUCUUCUCCUUCUUAUUAUUAAAUCCUCUCACUUGUCAACCUGAAAAAAUGGAUUCCUUUUCUGGGCUUCUUUCGGAGAUUCUCCCGCAUUUUUUCAUCCAACUUGAAUUAAUUUCUCGUUUUAUUCCUUGAUGUUCAUCCAUUAAUUCAAGUUUCAGGUAAUGCAAACUCUUCAGGUUGAUGAAGUUGAAUAUAGUAGCUAGAGAAGUCGAUUGUCAAUAUACCUUUACAGAAACAUGAACUCGUCAUCAACCCAAUUUGUCAUGUCAAGAAGGAUGAAUAUAUACGAGCCUCUCCAUCAGAUUAGUUCGUGGGUUGACAGUUUCGGAGAUGAAGGCUAUCCAAAUGUGUCUCCAUCUACUGUUGUAGAAAUGAAUGAAAGACUAGACAACCUGUCAGAAGACACUUCAUCGCAUGGAGCACAGGUACCUUCAAAUAAAUAUGAUCAGGAAGCAUCUAAACCUGUAGAGAAGGUACAAAGACGUCUUGCACAAAAUCGUGAGGCUGCUCGCAAAAGUCGCUUGCGGAAAAAGGCCUAUAUUCAGCAAUUGGAGUUGGGCCGUUCAAAAUUGAUGCAGAUGGAGCAAGAGCUUGAACGAGUACGACAACAGGGUAUGUAUGUUGGUGGCGGGAUAGAUCCUCUUCCUUUCUCCGCGAGUUCUGUAAAUUCAGGAAUUGUUGCAUUUGAGAUGGAGUACGGACAUUGGGUUGAAGAGCAAAAUAAACUGAUUUGCGAGCUGAGGAAUGCCUUAAAUACACAUAUAACCGACGUUGAGCUUCGGAUUCUCGUAGAUAGCGGCAUGAAGCACUAUUUUGAUCUAUUCCAGUUGAAGGCCGGUGCAGCAAAGGCGGACGUAUUUUAUCUCAUAACUGGCAUGUGGCAAACAUCAACUGAGCGCUUUUUCUUGUGGAUAGGAGGAUUCCGUCCAUCAGAACUACUAAAGGUACUUGGGCCACAGCUUGACCCCUUAACAGAUCAACAAGUCAUGGAUGUCUAUAACCUUAAGCAGUCCUGCGAGCAAGCAGAAGUGGCACUGUCACAGGGGAUAGAAAAACUCCAGCAAACUUUGGCAGACACCAUAGCAACAGAUCACUUAGGUGAUGGGCUUUACACUUCAGAAAUGGCUAAUAAUGCUAUUGAGAAACUUGAAGCACUUGUAAGCUUUGCAAACCAGAUCAUCUUAGAAGGGAGACACUGCGGCAAAUGCACCGGAUCCUAACUGUACGCCAAGCAGCUCGAGGCUUGUUAGCUCUAGGAGAGUACUUCCAGCGUCUAAGGGCUUUGAGUUCCCUGUGGAGUAGUCGUCCUCGUCCGCCUGCUUAAAGUGUCAGAACGGAAAGUUAGCUGACAAAGUCAGUACCAAUUUUUCAGCUCAAGGUGCCAUUGCAGCAAUAUUAUUGCUGUUCAUGUACAGGUUGUCCUCAUUCUUGAAGCACCAGCCACCACAGGAAAUUUGUAUAUAAAACAGCAGCAGCAAUGCAGAUUGUUUCCAUACUGUUAUGGACUUGAAAGUAAUAUUUCUGAAAAUUGGGUUGCUCAACUGAGUGUGAUAUAUGUGUAUGUAUAUGUGAAUGAUGUAGGCAAUUCUUGUGUACGUCAUGUAUCAAUUUUGUAAAUCAUAAUCUUAGUGUGAUCCAAUAAAAAUAUGGAGGCAUGUGGUAGGGAGAUAGGAAUUCAUACA